AUGAGCGAUAGCAAGGACAAUGUCUCUCUCUAUGACCACACGUCUGGUGCCUCAGUCCCUCGCGCUGCCUCCGCUGAGCUUAGCGCCCGUUCCCAGUGGCAGAUUCGUGAUGCUGCUGCGCGCCUAGCCAAUCGCAAUCACCUUCCAUUAGCUGAGCUCACGCAUUUUGGCGAGCACAAGACCGCUAAGGCCCUUUAUGACGCUGUAGUGGCUCGAUACUCCUCUCUGCCACACUCGGUCCGAGACCACUUUCUCGCUCGCUGUCCCACCGAACUCACUGUCGCCCUCCUAGAGAAGCACCUCCUUGCAGCAGAGAAGAGCAUUGUCGCUGUAGCUGCUGCUCGUGGCGCUCCUCGCACCCCCAUAUUUGAGGGGUGCUCUCCCUCUCCCCUCGCCCCCACCUUUGCUACUACUGCUGCUGUUGACCUCCUUGGUGCUGAGUGGCACCGGGGGGGGGUGGUGGUGGAGGCGGUGGAGGAGGAGGAGGUGGCGGAGGGAGUGGUGGCGGGAGUGCUGGCGGGAGUGGUAGCGUCGGCAGCGGCGGUGGAGGUGGUGGCGGCGGAGGGGGUGGCAGCGGCGGUGGCAGCCGGGGCGAUGGUGGCGGUGGAGGUAGCGGUCGGGGUGGAGGCACGGGCGCUAGUCAGAGACAGCAGUAGCAGCAGAGUCCCCAAACGACCCAGCAGCUUCGUGAGUGGCUUGCUCAGCGUGGGAGAUCUGGGGGUGGUGGUCGCUGCCCGUAUGUCAUUCGCACAGGUGACCGCAAGGGUCAGACAUGCGGGAAGCUCCACACCCAGCACCGCUGCUUCUCCCUCCUUGACGACGCCUGACGUGAGGAGAUGGGCGAGGACGCUGAGCGCCCUCGCUGGUCUCCACCUCCCCUCGUUCUCUACGAACUUGGUGAAUACUGCUGUCCUCCAGGAUGCGGGGGUUGACACCUUCACCCCUGGUCGGCAGCGUGUGGCGAUCUGUACGUGCUCCCAGACCGACCGCCACCUGGCCACAUUUACUCGUCGACCAAGGUCUCUCCCUCCCCUCCCUGCCUCGCCUGCGCCGCCCUGCCUUCCUUGCGUCGAGGGGCGGCAGCGCGCCGCUCCUCACUCCUCCUCGUUUUCCCUUACAGAGGCUCCUCUGCAAACCCUCCACCUGGACGUGUGGGGCCCAGCCCGCGUUCGUGGACAGGGUGGUGAGCGGUACUUUCUGUUGGUUGUAGAUGACUACUCGCGUUAUACCACGGUCUUCCCAUUGCGCACCAAGGGUGAGGUCCCUACUUUCCUGAUCCCUUGGAUCCGAGCAGUUCGUCUCCAGCUCCGCCGCAGGUUCCGCCAUGACCUGCCUGUCCUGCGUCUGCAUUCUGACAGAGGUGGUGAGUUCACCUCCGACCUUUUGCGGGCCUUCUGUCAAGGGGAGGGCAUCGAGCAGUCGUUCACGCUUCGGGGCUCACUGCAGCAUAAUGGGGUUGCUGAGCGCCGCAUUGGCGUAGUCAUGGAGGUCUCUCGUACCUCCUUGAUCCAUGCGGCGGCUCCCCAUUUUCUGUGGCCGUUUGCGGUCCUGUACGCCGCGCAGCAGCUCAACCUCUGGCUCCGUGUCUCCUUGUUGGAGACCUCGCCGACACUGCGUUGGACAGAGGAGGUUGGCGAUGCGUCGCGUUUCCGGGUCUGGGGUGCUCGUGCCCUUGUCCGCGAUACGUCCGCGGAAAAGCUCUCCUCCCGCACCAUUCCCUGUGUCUUCCUUGGAUUUGUUCCUGACGGGCCUGGCUGGAAGUUUUACCACCCCACCUCGCGCCGUGUCUUCCCCUCUCCGGACGUCACCUUUGACGAGUCGGUUCCUUUCUACCGUAUCUUCCCCUACCACAUUGCCCCUCUCCCUCCCCCGCCACUUUUCCUUGCUCCAGGUCCCCCUCCGGUAGACCCCCUCCCCCCUCACGGUCCUGCUCCUUCAGGUGUGUCUCAGGUAGACCCUCCCCCCUUGGCUGAGCCUGUAGAGGUCACUAGCGACUCAGGUGCUGCUGCAGGAGGUGCUGUUGGGGGUGCUGCGUCUGGGGGUGCUGAGCCUGCGCAUGAGGUGUUGGGGAGUGCGGAGCCUGGGGGUGCUGAGCCUGCGAGUGCGGAGCCUUGGGGUGCUGAGCCCGUCCGUGAGGUGCUGGGGGGUGCGGAGCCUGGGGGUGCUGAGCCUACGAGUGCGGAGCCUGGGAGUACUGAGCCGGAGGGUGCCGGGUUGGGGGGUGCUGAGUCUACUGGCGUUCCUCUGGGUCUCGUUUCCCGACGCGAACCUGUCUCACCACAGCAGGCACGAGAGUGGCUUGCGUCGCGUACCCGCCUGAGGAGUCGUGCUGCUAGAGCUGCUUGUCGUGGAGGCGCUUGGAGUGCUGGUGUCUCUGGUCCUGGAGGUGCUCGUACUGGUGGUACUAGAGCUGCCGAGACUGGUACUGCUCCUGUAGCUGGAGGUGUCGGCUCUGGGGGUGCUGCUGCUGGAGGUACUGGGACUGGAGGCCCUGGAGCUGGUGCUGUCGACCCUGGCAUUGGAGGCCCUGGGGCUGGAGGUGCCAAUUCUGGGGGUAAUGCUACUGGUGGCGCCGGAGCUGGAGGUGCUGCUACUGGAGGCACUAGAGCAGGAGGUUUUGGAGCUGCUAGAGGCGUUGGAGCUAGAGGUGCUGCUGCUGGAGGCGCUGCAGCUGGAGGUUCUGCUGCUGAGUCAAUGGAGCUGGAGGUGCUGUUGCUGGAGGCGCUGGAGGUGGAGGUUCUUGAACUGGUGGGGGCGCUGGAGCUGCUGGUACUGGUGGCACUGCACUGCCGCGACUGUUUUUCGCUCCUCCGUCACCGUCGUCUCUGCCACCGCAUGACUCCGUGCUUCACUAGAUUCUUAGCAUCCCAGUCUGACUUGGUUUGUGCUACUCACCCUACUGUCACGCGUCUGCUAGCCACUGUUGUUACCGACCCGUCAUUUGAGUCUGCUGCUGUGUCUGCCUUAGUCUCUCAGCUUGUUGACUUUGUUGUUGCCUGUCGUCUAGACUUCGCUGCUAGUCUUGUUGCUGAGUCUGGGUCUGUCUGUCCUCCGUUCGUCAAGGGUGAAUGUGCUCUUGGCACGGACGUCCUUGAGGACAGACAGGAGGACUUUGAGUGUCUUGCAGCCGCUGCGCCUCAUCUCGUAGCCAUGCUUCUUUCCCCUGAGGGAGACCCGGAUGCUCCAGACAUCCCGACCCCGCGCUCUUAA